AUGGUCAGCGGAUUAACUCGAACCAAUCCCUCGCUAAUAAAGAAAAACAAAAUGGCCGACAUUAACGACGAAGACUUGAUGGAAAGUGGCUCUGAAAUAUCAGAUGACGAGCUUCAAAGAGAUUUUGCAAGCGGAAAACUUCAAGUGGGUUUGAACAGAAUUCAGUCCCAAACCAAGACACGUGCUCUGUACAACAAUGUCCCUGGCAUGAAGCAAAAACUGGAGCAGAUCGCUCAAGAGCUUGAAUGGGUUGAAAGAAUGGAUGUCACAGUCACCAGAGAGGAAGAUGACGAGCAGGAAAGUUUAAAGACGCCUACAACAUCCACAGUUUCCAGUGAGAAAAGUAUCCACGAUGACUUCCAACGAGAAAUGAGAUUCUACAAGCAGGCACAGGUAGCAGUGAAUGAAGCACUUCCUAAACUGAACAAACUUGGAGUGGGAACCAAACGACCUGAGGAUUACUUUGCAGAAAUGGUGAAAACUGAUGAUCACAUGCAGAGGGUAAGAGCAAAAUUACUGAGCAAGCAGAAAGCCAUGGAGAGGUCUGAAAAGGCAAAGAAACAGCGAGAGAUGAAGAAAUAUGGCAAAAAGGUCCAACAAGAGGUUUUACAAAAGAGGCAGAAGGAAAAGAGAGAGAUGAUGGAAGCUGUGAAAAACUACAAAAAACGUGGCAAGAACACCCCAGUUGAUGCAAAAUCAACAGCAGGAGGCCCUGAUGAAUUUCAGAUACAAACAGAGAGAGAAUCUUCAACCAUAAACAAAGGAAAAGUCAUUAAACGCGGAAAGAAUGCAAAGAGAAAAAGGAAGGAUUCCAAAUACGGUUUUGGCUUGGCUAAAUCUAUAUAUUAUUUAGGAUAAAUCAAUCUGCUGUCUUGUUUCUUGAAUAACCAGAAAGGAAUGAAGAGAAAUUCCAAGCAAAGUUUUUCAGACGUGAGUUCGUUCAACUCUUCAAUACACAGUAAAGCGCCAAGAGCAAAGGCUGGAAAUGCGGGAAAGAAGAGAAAGAACACCCGACCUGGAAAGUCUCGGAGGAAACAGAUGAAGAAAUGAAUAUUUGGAAUUUGAACUGACGAGGAGAACAAUUCAGCAAAAAAAACAGUGCCAGAAAUGUUAUUGAAUUGCAUACUUUAACCUUGUUACAUUGGAGCGAACAGAGAGCUAACGUUGUGUGAAGGUAGUCUCAGACAUUUCCUGAUAGAAAGUGACAAACACAACGUCAUAAUGGUGAAAGCCGAAAGCUUUAAUAUUGGCUCUCAUGUUCGGUUAUCAUUGCAACUGGUAAUUAGAGCAAAUUCUUCCGACGAAAAUUAAUUAAAUGCUCCUAAAUUAGAUUUCGCAACAAGCGGAUUGAAACAAACUUGACGUCUUACCUGUGUUUAUUCCGAUUCAAAAUAAUCUGUUAAUUAGUGUCAAGCAUACCGUCGGAAGUAAACAAAUUCUCGUUAAUCACAUCCUCAUCAAGACAUCAAACGGUGUAAACACUCAGUCAUGCAGAAGUUUGCGAACUUCUCGAUAUUUUUUAAACAGGUAAUAACCUUUAAGCCCCUAAGAUUGACUAACAUCUACUUUCUCCCUACAAUAUCAGCCCUGAAUUACAUAUUAAGGUCAUGAGAAUUAAACAAAUAAUCACCAACUAAGGUUGAUUGUAAAACAAAUCCUCCUUGUCAGCACCUUAGGAUAUUUGGAGAACAGUAUGGAGAUAUCUUGUCUAUCAACCAAUUAGGACUAAUUUGUUGUCCUAAUUAGUUACCUUUGUGAAAAUUAACGUAGGCACGAACGACGUGAAUGACACCAAACCGAUUCUGAUGUAGCCGAUCCAAGUGUUUUGAUUAAUAAACUUUAAGCUAUUAAUUAGUACCAGCUGUGUUAAAGGCACUACUUACUUCUUUGUUCAUGAUUAAUUUUCCUCUAUAGCAACGAACGUGGCGUCAAACAGAUGUCAACGUAGUUCAUAAAUUUUUUUUUGGCUGAUGACAAUCGUGUUAUACUCGGUCAAUUACAACUAUUAGUACCAGCAGUAAAAGAAGGUAGAAUUUCCACCUCCUUCCUUCAAACCAUAAUUAUAAAUAUACAUGUUUUAAUACCGAUUUUAAAGACGGCUGCCAAAGUUUUCACUUCAUGUUCCUUUUGUCAAUUAGCGUUAAUCACCAGCACGGUAAUUACAAUUUGUUGAUUUAUUUCUGCACGUGACGCUCCAGUGACAACUUAUUUUUAUUUGGUUCACCAUUUGAACGCUCAACCAUGACCUUUUAAUUAUUACAAAUUGUGUCGGAAUCGGUUUUCUUCAAUCGUUAAUUAACUUUCGCACCAAACAUGCAAUUAAACGUUCAAACAAACUG